AGUGUGACAUUAGGAAGGUAUGUCAGCCGUGAAGCGAGCUCGUACAGAGGAGCGUUCCAGUAGCCGAAGUGACGCUCUAGUCGGCCAUACUGUCGACGAAGCCAAGGCGCUCAUACCGCGCACGCCCGAGGAAAAAACCACUGGGAAAAGACUUGUUGUGGUCUUAGAAAAAGCAGCUCUCGAGGUUGUUCAAGUGAAGGGCAAAUACGAGUUGUUGAACAGCGACGAUCACAAGAAUAUCCUGGCGAAAUCGGGAAAGGACAUUUCCGCAUAUCGGCCGGACAUAACCCAUCAGUGCUUGAUGAUGUUGUUGGAUAGUCCCUUGAAUAAAGCGGGGAAGCUACUUAUCUAUGUUCACACUAUGAACAAUGUUCUCAUCGAAGUCAGCCCCGCCUUGCGAAUGCCUCGAACCUUCAAAAGGUUCUCCGGCCUAAUCGUCGAGCUCCUCAACAAGAACAAGAUACGAGCGGCCAACAGUAGUGAGAUUCUUAUGAAGGUUAUUGCGAAUCCUAUACAGAAAUAUCUUCCAGCUGGUGGCAUCAAAUGCGGAUUGUCAGUAGAUGGUCGGCUUCUCACCUGUCCGCAGUGGUUGAAGUAUCAUGACGAUACCAAAGAUUCAAAAGGCCACUGCUUGAUAGAUACAGUCCCGGUAACUGUGGUCAUCGGUGCUGUAGCCCAUGGAGAGCCUUGCUCGGAGCCUCGGUUCGGUGGUGACUACGUUGAAGAGACCAUCGCCAUCUCGAAUCACGGCCUCAGUGCUGCUAUCUGUUGUGCUAAGCUUACCUGUGCUUUAGAAGAUCGAUGGAAUAUCAUCUAAAGCCACCGCCACCACCACGUUAUCUACUACGUUCUCCAAA